GGAAAACAUCACUCGCAAUUCAUACAUACACCCCAGGAUUGCGAUUUCUGCGAUUGCCUUCCGGCUUUGUAUGUUAAAACCUUGGCGUUAUGAAUCUUUCUCUCCUUCAACGUCUGUAUCUGAUAUCCAUCUCGGCCGGGCAAGCGGUUAUGCUUGCGAUGCUAAUCUCGACUCAAGCCGGAGAGGGAACGACUUUUAAAACGGUUGAUUUGAACCAGUUACCACCCGAUGAACCUCCACUGUCGCCCCAAUCCUGUUCCUUGACACCGGAUGAACAUCCAUUGUCGUUUCAACUCUUUUCCUCACCACCGACUCCGCCCUUGGAUGCUUCGGUCGAAGAUGCUAUGACACAGGGAUACCAAAUCGGAAUCCACUCGGCAAGCCCGGCGCCCAAGUCCUUUCUCGUAAACCAAUAUCGUCCAACUGGUGCCCGCAAGCACAACAGUGUUGAUACUAAUGUCGGACCAAGAACCAAGUCGGACCUAAUUGAUUCUAAGGAGAAAAGAAAGAAGGCUCCUCUGAAAUACCAUCAACACAACUGGCCAGCCGAAAAUCAAAGUGCGUCGGCAGGUGAGACUGCCAACAAUGCUCAUCGAUUCGGACAAAUUGAGAAACAGCCACUUAAAAAAAUGAAAAGCUCGCCAACCGAUGAUGAUACAGAAGCCUUCCAACUUGAAGAAAGUGACAAGAAAAUCGUACUUUUCAAUCUCAAAGACUGGAGUUUUGUCGUACAUACGUCAAACAUGGAAAUUGAUAAGGAUGGCCAAACCAGCGCCAAUGAAUUUAUGCCUUCGAAGCUGUUCAGAUUUUUGAAUCAAUUGAAAACGGAGAUCGAAGGAGAACAUGGAGCGAGACGGGAAGCCUCGGCUGAUGAUCAAAACCAUGGCCAAAUGUACUUUUGGAUUUCAAGGGAGUUUGCCACGAGUUUUCUGAGCGUAUAUCGAAGCAAAAGGAACGAGAUUGGCUACCCCACAAGCAUCACACCUUCUGAGAGAGGAUCGCAAAUCUACCUUACAGUCUUGAAACUUGUGGACGAAAAGCUUAAGCUGGAAGAGUACCCGGUCUUCUCGCAAGCAAUUGUGGGCUGGAUCCGCUCCAGACUCGCACACAACUUAGCCACGAUCCCUGACAAAACCCACGUUCGAAACAAACCACUGACGGCCAGGAUUGUUGUGAUCGAACGCUUGACCAAAUGCACCACGUUCCUCAACUUGAUCUAUCUCUCAUUGUUGGGAGAACACGAGAAUGAAGAAUUGACAAAAGGGUACAUCGUCGACUUCUUGGAUUUCCUCAGGAAGCUCUGGCGGGAGAUCGAAAGCGGUAGAUCAAAUGAUCGUCUGUUUCAUGAAACUACGUUUGCCCGGAAAUUGCAUGAUAUGCUCCACUUUAGAAAAUCGUGGGGUCCUACAAACAGUUCGACAAAUGCCAUGGGCAUCUCCUGGGACAUUCUCCAAUACUGGGCAACCCAAAAACCCAUCUUUUUCCCGGAGUGCCCAAACAACCUCUCUGAACUAGUAAACAAGAUAAUCGUGUAUUCCAACUAUUUCACUAUGACUAAUGCAAUCAGAUUGUUGAAUCAGCGCCAUUAUACUCAUUGA